AUGUCAUCGGAGGACAAUAAAAAGAAUGAUCAAAAAUCACUUUCUGGUAGUUUCGGAAAUUAUCAAUACUCUUUAGAAGAACGAGAUUUCCUUCAGAGAGAAUUAUUGAAAAAGCUCGACAGUGAUUCCAUUUCAAAGAGACCAGGUCCCAAUGGACGUGAUGUUCACUAUGUUGAAACCUGGAGAGCCAUAGAAUUGGCAAAUUUAAUUUUCGGAUUUAACGGAUGGUCUUCAAGCAUUAUGGAAAUUAAUAAUGAUUAUAUCGAGGAAACAGCACAAGGAAAAUUCAAUUGUGGAGUAUCGGCUAUUGUCAGAGUGAGUUUAAAGGAUGGAUCAUUUCAUGAAGAUAUUGGAUAUGGAACCAGUGACAAUCAAAAAUGUAAAGGAGCUGCCUAUGAACAAGCAAAGAAAUCUGCAGUGAGUGAUGGUUUGAAGAGAGCUCUCAAAAACUUUGGAAAUGCAUUGGGCUUGACCAUUUAUGAUCGUGAACAUAUCAAACAAAUUAGCAAGCCACAGCCCAAGAAGAAUCCAGCAAACAAUCAGCCAAAACCUGUGAAUCCUUACUUUUCACAAAGUCCUACACAAGCUGGAAUGGUCUCGCAAGCAUUACCAUCAGCCUCUAUCACUCCAACACAACAGCAAUUGGAAUCGAUAUCUUCAUCGGUGGAGGUUAGUCAGCCAUUGGUGAGUCACCCAAUGAAGCAAGAGGAAGCUAAUCUUCAAUUGGAUGAUGAUAUUGAUUUGGACAGCUCAGGUCUAAGCUCAACCAAUGGAACACCAUCUACAUCUGCAACGCCACCUGUGUUCCAGAAGCCAUCCGCUAUGGCAGCGUCCACUCCAAUUGGAAAUACCCCACCUGUAUUCCAAAGGCCAAAAAGACCAAAUGAGGUGAUGACUUCGUCCCCUCCAAACUUCCAACCUUCUCAAAAGAAAACUAAGCCCUAA